AUGGCUGCGCCCUCGUGGGGUACAUGUGUAUAGGGGAUAGUUUCAGUUACUUAUAGCUUCUUAAAGGUUCGAUUACUAGGGAAAGAUGAAGACCAAAAAAUCGGUUUCAAGGAAGCGCCUUGGAUCUUCUAGAAGAGGGAUCCUGGUAAAGGGCAAAUGGAAGGCCGUGAAGAUAGAUCCCAGCAUGUUUGCUGAUGAGGCCAUGGGAGAAGUAGUGUGUUUUGAAGAACUAAUAGAUUAUUCCCUGAUUGAAUCUCAAAAGGCAGCCAAUAUGUCCCAGUUGUUACAGGAAACGACAGGGAAAAACACAAAGAAUAAGAGAAAAGCCAGUGAAACAGACGAUGAGGAGACCUUUGUGGACACACUGGAAGCUGCAGAGCUGUCAUCAGGUGGUGAUGCUGAACAAGUGGUUGAUGUGGAGAAACCAGCUAAAAAGCAGAAAAAGAAAAAGAAACAUAGGAGUGAUGCUAAGACAAUAAACCUGAACAAAGAUGAGAGUGUAGAAUGUCAGGGCACCUUAGAAGCUUCGGCAUCUUUGCUUGGAGUGAAAGAGGAUCAGACACUACAAGAUUCUGGAGGAUGCACUAAGGUUACAGAGGAGCAGACUUUGAAAACAAACAGUAAGAAGAUGAUGAAACAGAAAUCAGCUGCAAAACAAACAGAGGCUGCUGCCCAUUUAGGCCCUGUUCAUAAGGCUAAAAGGAAACCAAAGAACUGGACGGAUGCGGCCCUUUCAACCUCAGAAGGCCAGGACACAGAUGUGUCAGCAUGGAAAGACCUGUUUGUACCUGACCCUGUUUUGAAGGCACUAAGUAAACUUGGAUUUUCUGCACCCACUCCAAUUCAAGCUCUUGCUCUUCCUCCUGCUAUUCGAGACCACUUGGAUAUUCUGGGUGCAGCAGAGACAGGAAGUGGGAAGACUUUGUCUUUUGGAAUUCCAAUGAUUCACACCAUAUUGGAGUGGAAAAAAAGCCUUGACUGCAAGAUUGCAGACGCAGGUGGAAAACCUGAUUCUGUGAUGCAAGUGGAGAGCAUUUAUUUGCCUGAUGGAACAUGUGGGGAGACAGCUGACAGAGGCAACCGGGCAAAAGACUUCAGUGCGCAUAAGAAUGAAAAAAUGGACGAUGGGGGGGGCAGUGCGGACAGUCAAAAUGUGGAUGAGGAGAACACCAAUGACGAUGGUUUCUCUGAUGCUGAUCAAAGUCAGGGUGAUGGUGUGCCAAGUGCAGAGGAAAGUGAAAGCCAAGGAGUGGACUUUAAAACAACUGGGAAGCAAGACAGUGAGAAACAGCCGUUGCUUGGCCUAGUUCUGACCCCUACCAGAGAGUUAGCAGUUCAAGUCAAGCAUCAUAUUGAUGCUGUGGCACAGUUCACAGGUGUAAGAACUGCUAUUCUUGUGGGCGGCAUGGCACCACAGAAGCAACACAGGAUGUUGAAGCGCCGGCCGGAAAUAGUCAUAGCAACACCGGGGCGUCUGUGGGAGAUGAUUCAGGAGAAGCACCCUCAUCUGCGGAACCUGAGGCAGCUCAGGUGUCUAGUCAUUGACGAAGCUGACCGCAUGGUGGAGAAAGGCCAUUUUGCUGAGCUUGAGAACCUGCUGGAACUUCUCAACACAUCGCACUUCAACCCAAAGAGGCAGACCUUCGUGUUCUCCGCCACGCUGACCAUGGUCCACAGCAUGCCUGCCCGUCUCCUGCGUAAAAAAAGGCAGACGCAGGAGACGCGCAGCAAGCUGGAGCUCCUCAUGGAGAAAGUGGGAAUCAAGGGCAAGCCCAAAGUCAUCGACCUCACCCGCAAGGAGGCCACGGUGGAGACAUUGACCGAGACCAAGAUCCACUGCGAGAAGGAUGAGAAAGAUUAUUACCUCUACUACUUCCUGCUGCAGUACCCUGGGCGUACUAUGGUGUUUGCCAACAGCAUUGACUGCAUAAAGAGGCUCAGCUCACUGCUGAAUAUUUUGGAUUGCAACCCACUGCCACUGCAUGCUAAUAUGCACCAGAAACAGCGUCUGAAAAAUCUAGAGAGAUUUGCAGAAAGAGAAAGUUGUGUCCUCCUCACCACGGAUGUUGCUGCCCGAGGACUUGACAUUCCAAAUGUUCAGCAUGUCAUCCACUAUCAGGUCCCAAGGACAUCUGAGACAUAUGUGCAUCGCAGUGGGCGUACAGCUCGCGCUGCCAAAGAAGGCCUCAGCCUGCUCCUGAUUGGGCCAGAUGAUAUGAUGAACUACAAGAAGAUCUACAGGACACUGGGGAAGGAUGAGGACCUUCCCUUGUUUCCUGUUCAGAACAAAUGCAUGGCAGCCAUUAAGGAACGUGUUGAUGUGGCCAGGAAAAUAGAGAAAAUGGAAUACCACAACAGUCGGCAGAAACAACACAAUUCUUGGUUCAGGCAAGCAGCAGAAGAAAUGGAUAUAGACCUGGAUGAUGACUUGCUUUUGGGAGGUGGCAGAGAUGAGGAUGAAAGGGAGCAUCAGAAGCUAAUGAAGGCUCUGAAAAAACAGCUGAAGCAGCUGUUCUCUCAGCCUGUCUUCAAAGCCCAUAUGAAGACUAAAUACCCUACUCAGAUGGGCAAGCUGCAGCUUCCCCAGAUGCCCCUGGCCAAUGAAACGGCACUCAUCAGUGUGUGCAAACAAAAACAUAAAAGCGAACAGCAACAGAAGCAGAAAAGGAAUCAAUAGCAUCAGCCGUAGUGCUGUUUUAGAAGAGAAUGAUAUAAUGGACUUUCAGAAUAUCACAUGGAAAUUAAUUAUGGUUACAGAUGAGAUCAAUGUGAAAUUUCUGAACAAAACACACAUUGUAAUUGUACUCAAAAUUAAAAGUACUUUUUUGCAA